AAGGAGAUCAACCAUCCAUGUCCCUGAUCACGGGUGAUCCUGAGCAGUCCCCCAGGGACUGCUCCAGGUCCAGAUCCUCCUCCUCCGGGAAGCACCGCCGCCUUUGCCGGGUGCUCAUCGCCGCCUCGUCGACCGUAGCGUCGUUGGCGUCGCUUGCCCUCAUCCUGUGGCUGACCCUCCGCCCUUCCAGCCCGCGCUUCUCCCUGCUCGCCGCCACGGCCACGCUAGACGACGACGCCUCCGCCGCCACCAUCAUCGUGGACGCCGCCCUCAUCGCCCACAACCCCAACGCCCACGCCACCGCCCUCUACGGCCAGCUCCGGGCGAGCGCCUCCUACGCCGGCGUGCCCCUCGGCGCCGGCGCGCCGCUGCCGGCGCUGGAGCAGCCGGAUCAGGGCGACGCGGUGCUGUCGGCCCUGCUCACGUCGUCGACCUCGCCCUCUUGGAGUUGGAGGCCGGCUCCUGGCCGGCGGGCUCUGCUGAGGGUGCGCAUCGAGGGGCAGCUCCGGUGGAAGGUGGCGUCCUGGGUGUCCGGCAGGCAUGGGCUCACCGUGGACUGCGUCGCCGCCGUGGUGCCGUCGUCUGCAGGGCAGCAGCAGCAGCAGCAAGUGUCAUCAUCAUCCCCCUCCCAGUGCGCCACCCAAGUCCUAUGA